AACACCGUCGCAGUGGUGGUACAGUGUACAAGUAAGUACAGGAGCUGCGCUCGCUGCCAGACACGUCCCGGACAGUCAGGAUACAGUGGAGGAUCAGAACGUACCCGCUCCACGAUGGGAGGAGUUUCUGAACUGCUGCUCGGACGUUCUUCUGUCUUCUAACUGAAGCGUUUGAGGACGGAAGAGGACAGAGCUCUAGGGGGGAUAAACUGUCAGUUGCAGAAAGUGAUUACGAAGUCCGAUCAGAAGGCACCAUGGAGGACGACCUGAUGUUCAGCAUGGAGGAGGAGAGCAGCAGUUCCAAGAGAACUUCCUCCCAGCGAAGUGGCGUCAAACACCGGGCUUCCUCUCUCAGUGAUGCCAAUGCCAGUGAUGAUGAAGACGAUGAAGAACACUUCAUCUCUCCCAUUCUGGAUGAUUCCGCCAGAGAAGUCUGCAACUACCUGAAAGACCUUGCUUACACCCAGCAGCUAUCCAACUCUCUUCCAAAAAACAGCUUUUUCUACAGGAAGGAAACCGAGGCAGAGCACCGAACGUACCAUGUUUUGUCUGAGAGCGCACGGGCUGCAUGGAUACAUGCGAUUGAGAAGGCCCGAGCCAUGCCCGACCCCUGGGCCCAGUUUCAUCUGGAGGAAAUUCCAACUGAACCGUGCAUUCGUUACAGGUAUAAUGCGAUCACAGGAGAGUGGGCUCAGGACCAGAUCCACAUCAAGAUGGCCUCUCAGCCCUUUGGAAAAGGGGCCAUGAGGGAGUGCUUCAGAACGAAGAAGCUGUCGAAUUUCUCACACAGCAGCAACUGGAAAUCAGCCUCUAACUACGUGGCCAAGCGCUACAUGGAGAUGGUGGACAGAGACGUCUACUUUGAGGAUGUCCGCCUGCAGAUGGAGGCUAAACUCUGGGGGGAGGAGUACAACCGCCACAGACCUCCCAAACAGGUGGACAUCAUGCAGAUGUGUGUGGUGGAGAUGGCACAGCGACCGGGCAAGCCUCUCUUCCACCUGGAGCAUUACAUCGAGGGGAAGUACAUCAAGUACAACUCCAACUCCGGCUUUGUGAGGGACGACAACAUCCGCCUGACCCCACAGGCCUUCAGCCACUUCACCUUCGAGCGGUCGGGCCACCAGCUGAUCGUGGUGGACAUCCAGGGAGUUGGAGACCUCUACACGGACCCUCAGAUCCACACGGAGAAGGGGACGGACUUUGGAGACGGAAAUCUAGGUGUUCGUGGCAUGGCUCUGUUCUUCCACUCCCACCUGUGUAACAAGAUCUGCAAGAGCAUGGGCUUGACGCCUUUUGACCUGGCCCAAGCAGAGCAGUCCCAGAUGGACUGCACCAGCAAGCUACUUAAGUCGGCCCAGACGGUGCUGAGGGGGUGUGAGGAAGUCUGCGGCUCGCCUCGUGUUCGGACAUUGUCUGCCAGCCGGGUGCCUCCGCUGCUGUCCCGCCUGUCAGAGACCUCAUCUGCAGACGAGAGCGCGAGCGACAUGGACUCGGUCUCCUGCUCGCCUCUCACCCUUCCCUUCUCCCCCAUAGUGAUGAGCGGGUCGAUGGGCAGAUCAGCCUCAGGCAUGUCCCUCUCUGGAAUGGUUGAACAUGACAGACUCAACAACAACAACAACAACACAUCUGAUCAUAAGGAUUCAGAGAGCGGAGGAGACAGCGGCUACCCCAGUGAGAGGAGGAGCGAAGGGGAGCCAAACGACCACGUGGACGGGGCCCAUCAUCGCUACCACAGAACUUAUUCUGAGUCGGAUGACGACAGUGUCAGACGGAGGAAGAUGGUAGCUCCUCCAAGAGUCUCCGCAAACUUAUAUUCACAAAGUCCCGACAUUCAAUGGCUGACUGAGGAGAAGUGGAGCUUCUUCCAUUCGUCUCGUGCUCACGUUCACCGGCCUUCCUGUGUGGCCACCGAGGUGGAGCGCCUCAACACUCUGCUGCAGAAGAAAAUCGGACAGUCAAUCCUGGGAAAGGUCCACCUGGCCAUGGUUCGCUACCACGAAGCGGGUCGUUUCUGUGAGAAGGAUGAGCAGUGGGAUCAGAACUCAGCCAUGUUCCACCUGGAGCGAGCAGCCCUGUGUGGAGAGCUGGAGGCCAUCGUGGCUUUAGGGAAAUGUUACCUGCAGCUGCCUCAUCACAUCCUGCCAGAUAUGGAGGUGGAGGACAACGCAGGAAACAGGAUGAAAGGGUUCAAGUAUCUGCUGCAGGCUGCUGAUGCUGGUGAUAGAUCCUCCAUGAUCAUUGUGGCCAGAGCUUUUGAUACUGGGAUUAAUCUGUCAGCUGACCGAAAGCAAGAUUGGGCUGAAGCUAUUCACUGGUAUGACAGUUCCCUGAACAUGACAGAUUAUGACGAGGGUGGAGAGUUUGACGGCACGCAGGACGAGCCGCGCUACCUGCUGCUGGCCAGAGAGGCAGAGCUGUACCAGGAGGGAGGUCACAACCUCACCGCAGACCCACAGAGAGCAGGUGAGCUGUUCACAGAAGCUGCUGAAGCUGCAAUGGCAGCCAUGAAAGGACGCCUGGCCAACCAGUACUACUCAAAAGCUGAAGAGGCCUGGGCGCUGGUGGAGGAGUAACAACAAAAACAUAAUUUAUUCCCCCGAUACUGUGGGAGUUUCUGAGUGUCUGCCUGUCACUCUGGUUUUGACACAUUCAGCAUUUACCCUGAAUGAUUACAGUUUACAUAUUUUUAUGACAGAAUUUUUGCUGUUAGCGGUUUCUUUGUGUGUGUGUGUGUGUGUGUGUGUGUGUUUGUGUGUGCUGAGCCAUCGAAGAUCAGACUUUUCCUGUUGUCAUUUGUUUGCGACGUUACUCUUCCAUUAAAUUCCUCAUCUCUGAUUACAUUUCAGUUUAAGUGAAUGUGGUUGUAUAAAUGAAGAGAUUUAUAAAAAUAAAUCAGAACAAAGAAAAUGGUUUACUUUUUUUCCUCCCAGAUGUUAAUAUACUAAUGUUGGAAGAGUUUAUGUGUAAAAAUGCAGAGUAUGAACGUAUAUAAUAAAGUUUGCCUUGCUUUUUA